CAAGAAGACGAAUAUUAUGAAAAUGGAGAUGAGAAUGAAUGGUAUACUGCUGCUCCCAGUGAUGAACAUGAACUGAACGAAAUUAGAGCAGCUUCUCUAGCUUACUUGGAUUCAAUCAUCGAUCGACCGGUGUCGACCGAGCAACAAGAAUUAUCCUCAAAUCAAAAUGAAUUUGAUCAAGAAAUGUUUGAGGAUGCCGUCGAAGAAGAAUAA